CUGUCUCUCACUGACGUCAAUGCAGGACUAGGUUGCGCCAUUUUGAAAGUACAACAGGGAGGGGGAAAUUUUGCAAGCAAGCAGCCAGCUAAACAAGAGGCUUUGCAAGGUGUUCCAAGGGAGAGUUGCUGUUUGUCAAAGCACUGCUAAGCAAGAUAAGUGACAUGAGAAGUUGAAGAAUAGUAGGGGGAAAGCCACACACUCUGUAGCUUUACGAUUCACCUGUACUCAUCGAGAUUCUGCUUGUACACACCCUAGCACGGUAAACUGGAAAGAUAAGCAAGGGCCCCAACCAAGGCAAGCCCUCCUCGACAGAGAUUCCCUCUCCACCAUGGCAGGAGCUGGCGGCGGAGGCAAUGAUGUGCAGUGGUGUUUCUCUCAAGUCAAAGGAGCGAUUGAUGACGAUGUGGCUGAAGCUGACAUCAUAUCCACUGUGGAAUUCAACCACUCUGGGGAGCUACUAGCCACUGGGGACAAGGGGGGCCGCGUUGUGAUCUUUCAGCAGGAGCUAGAGAGCAAGAACCAGCCACAGUGCCGUGGGGAGUACAAUGUUUACAGCACCUUCCAGAGCCACGAGCCCGAGUUCGACUACCUGAAGAGCCUUGAGAUCGAGGAGAAGAUCAACAAGAUCCGGUGGCUGCCUCAGAAGAACGCUGCACAGUUCCUCUUGUCCACAAAUGAUAAAACUAUAAAGCUGUGGAAAAUCAGUGAACGGGACAAGCGACCAGAGGGGUACAACCUCAAGGAAGAGGAUGGGCGCUACAGAGACCCCACUACCGUCACAACACUACGGGUCCCAGUGUUUCAGCCGAUGGACCUGAUGGUUGAGGCCAGCCCCAGGCGAGUGUUUGCUAAUGCACACACCUACCACAUCAACUCCAUCUCGGUCAACAGUGACUGUGAGACCUACUUGUCUGCUGAUGACCUUCGCAUCAAUCUCUGGAACCUAGAGAUCACUGACCGCAGCUUUAACAUUGUGGACAUCAAGCCAGUCAACAUGGAGGAGCUGACAGAGGUGAUUACAGCAGCAGAGUUCCAUCCAAACCAGUGCAACACAUUUGUCUACAGUAGCAGCAAGGGCACCAUCCGCCUCUGUGACAUGAGAGCAUCAGCUCUCUGUGACCAGCACUCCAAACUGUUUGAAGAGCCUGAAGAUCCAAGCAAUCGUUCAUUCUUCUCUGAGAUUAUCUCUUCCAUCUCUGAUGUCAAGUUCAGCCACAGUGGGCGCUACAUGAUGACCCGGGACUACCUGUCCGUCAAAAUCUGGGACCUCAACAUGGAGUCCCGUCCAGUAGAGACUUAUCAGGUCCAUGAAUACCUCAGGAGUAAACUGUGCUCACUCUAUGAGAACGACUGCAUCUUUGAUAAGUUUGAGUGCUGCUGGAAUGGAAACGACAGUGUUGUGAUGACGGGCUCAUACAACAACUUCUUCAGGAUGUUUGACCGAGGAUACCGGCAGGAUGUGACUCUGGAGGCGUCUCGGGAAAGCAGUAAGCCUCGUUCUGUGCUCAAGCCCCGCAAGGUGUGCACAGGUGGGAAGCGCAAGAAGGACGAGAUCAGUGUAGACAGCCUGGACUUUAACAAGAAGAUCCUCCAUACGGCCUGGCACCCUCAGGACAACAUCAUCGCCGUGGCCACCACUAACAACCUCUAUAUAUUUCAGGACAAACUGUAACAAAUAUUUAAUGAACCCUUCAUAUCCCAGAUCCCACUUUAGCCUCGCUACUCUGGUCCCCAACAUCUCAACUGGAGAAGUGCAGCAAAACACCUCUGUUUUGAUGGCUUUCUUAGUCUUAUUUCCUGUUCAGGGGGCUCCAACAGUACCACACUUCUUCUGCCACAUUGCAACUGUUGUCCACUACAUCCCAAAGGGAACACUUUUUUAACACUAGUCUUUGAGAUAUUGAUAUGUUGCUAAUUUAACGGUUUUGGUGCCACAAGCAUUUUUUAUAUAUACAAGCAGUUUUUUCUUUUGAUAGGAAGUUGUUCCCUCCAUCGUUGACACAGAUCACAACAUUGCUAUUCUUCACUGACCAAAUUGACAAGCUGACAGCUCUCAAUUUUUGUCCCAGGCCAUUUGUCAAAUUUCCAAGUUUGCUCACCCUCUUUAACAUACAAUACACACUUACUCUAAACAUUGAUUUAGACACGUAUACACACACACAAUAGCUCAACUCAGUUGGUGGGCUGGGUUGGGGUCUGGGGGUAAUUUCGAGACAACUAUGUAGAAUAUAGUUAGCCAGUCUGAGACUACAGACGAGGGUUAACCGUCUGGUAAGCACAGUGCCCUUCUCCAGAGGUAGCCUACAGUUUGAAGCCAUUGCUUUUCCAAGUAAACGGUAGUGGGCAGAGGCAUUGCAGCCUAAUCUCCUUCUUGCACUUAGAGUGCCACCAUGUACAGCUCAGCACAGAGGCUCCAAUUGCAGGAGAAAGACAGGCCUGCCUUGGCUGACCUGCAUGACUUGUCCGUUUUUAAAUGUAAGCGCGGCACCCAUUUGUACCUCUGCUGCUCAGUUCCAUGCAUGCGUCUUGACUUAUGCUUCUUGUGAAUUUUUUAGUUUUCCCUCUGGAUCAAGUUUUUUGUUUUUUUUAAUGAUGUUUUGUACUUCAGAUAAAGAAUAAUCACUAUAAUUAGUUUAUUUUUGUAUGAAUUAAGAAGACAGAAAUAUUGAUUGAUAUCCUUUAAUCCCUUCGCACUACUUGGUGUAGUCUGAUCACUGUUGUCUAUUAAGCUGUAGGUUUUGGACUGGUCUAUGGACUGAAGGAUUACUUGGACUGGUGAAAGUUAUUGUGACUUACUGUGUUAAAUUCACGUGGGCUGCGGGUUUGAAGAUGGAGUGCAUAUUAAUGUGCCAUUAAGAAAGGCUUUAUGCAUGUUGGAUGUCCAAAUAAGUAUUUUCAGGUAUGUGUCACUGUGGAAUCAUAAUGGUCAUUCGUUUUUGUAUUUGGGUUACUGUAACCGAUAUUGACUGGAAUGGAUUUGGGUGCUUCUGAGUUUAAGCUAGUUAAUUUGCGCUAAUUGUUUUAACUCCGGUGUGGAUCUGUGUGCAUCUGUUUGUUUGCCAUGGCUGUGUUUUCAAAGAAAUUGCACUGAGUAAAAGAUCAUUUUAUUAUUAAUAGCCCAUUGUACAUUGAGAAUGGGAAAGGCAUUAUCUGUUUGCUUCAGUUUGACUGAAGAAAUGCUCUUAACCGCACGUUCACUGAGUAUCAGGUUUAUUGACUAGACAGGGUUGCUGACUUGAAAUAUUUUAUGAAACAAUAUUUUCUCUCUUUGAUUGUGCGUAAGUUCUUUAUGCAGGAAACAAACAAAAUUGUUAAGUGAGUUGUGUUAGUGGGUAUCAUUGGAUGGAAUUACUGGGUAAUGUCAGCUCAGGGCAUUGGAGACAGUAUUUCAAAUAAACGGCAUUUCCAGCGUUUGUACUGUAUUUAGUCAAUGUGGCAUUCUUUGUUGAUAUUUUGGGAGGUAAAGUAUUUUUUCUUCUGUCUGUAGCACAUGGCUACGUGAAUACUUGAUUGACGAGAUACCAAUUGUGAGCCAUUUGAUCGUAAUAAGUUAGCAUUAAGAGUAUCAAUUGAGUCUCAUUUACUAGUAAGGCUACCAAUAAGCACUAUUGCAGACUGCAAUAAAGGUAAUUAGCUCUACUGGUGUUGUGAGGGUCACUUCCUCAUGUCCUUGUUGAAUACUUAGAUUUUCUUAUGUUUGUUUUGUGGACAGUUUAUAAUGGCUGUCACUUAUAAUAGCUGUUGUGAAAAUGUGUCAUGACAUGAGGAACAAGAGUAGCCUACUACUAGCCUAAUGUUUAGGUAUGGUUAAGAUGUAAAAUGCUCAAUAGGAGAAGCAACACGUGAUACCCCUAACCCCAUACCGCCAUUACUGUCUUGGCAUUAGAACAUCACGGCUCAGUUACGGUACAAAUGUAAUUGUUGCCACAGAUCGGCUCUUAUUUGAUAUAUAUAUAUAUAUAUAUAUAUAUAUAUACACAUACAUACAAAUA